UGCGAAUUCCGUUCGCAACUGACAAAACUAUGGCACAGUUUUAAUCUGAGCCUCAGAGGGUAGGCUCAGUUUUGGUGAUGCUGUGGCAGUGUGUGUGUGCGUUGUCCUUGGUCGUGGCGCCGGCGGCGGCGGUGGUGGGCGGAGCGCCCGCGGCGCCGCCGGAGCCCGACGCUGCGGUGGUCUUCACUCAGAGGCAGGGCUUGAGCUGCAGGCUGGAGGGCUUGAAGGAUGAUAUUCGUGGAUACUACACCUUUGCUGGCAUAAGAUAUGCAGAACCACCAGUGGGUCAAAGAAGGUUCCAGCGGCCAGUGCGCCAGUACUUGGCAGGCGAGAUCAAUGCCACCAGGUACUGCGCGCCGUGCCCUCAACUGGACCCUCGAGGGUCAGGGCAGGUCAUCGGCCAGGAGGACUGUCUGUGUCUCAACGUCUUCUCACCUAAGAUGCCAGGGGACGAACAAGGUAGUCCCGUUGUUAUUUUCAUUCAUGGAGGCAACUAUAGAACUGGAUCUGCUACACAAUAUGGGGGUCAACAUUUAGCUCAAAAGGACACGAUAUUAGUGUCGGUGCAGUACCGUCUGGGGUCACUUGGGUUCCUAAGCACAGCACAGAAAGAUGCGUCAGGAAACGUUGGCCUGUUUGACAUUCGCUCCGCCCUUGAAUGGGUUAAGGAGUACAUAGAAUUUUUUGGAGGAGACCCAACACGCGUCGUCGUCGCUGGGCAUGGCUCUGGAGGCAGUGCAGCGUCACUCGUGGGAUUAACUCCUGAAGGAAGAUCAGCUGGAGUAGUCGCAUUGUCUGGGGCCCCUCUCUCCCCUGGUGCGAUCAGAAACGACACGCAAAUUGUGUCCCACGCAGAAGCUGUGGCUGAAAAGACUGGAUGUCCCAAAGCUCCUCCUGAACGAUUAAUUAUGUGCUUGAGGAUGUUGCCCAUGGAAAAGAUUGUACAGGUUGAUAAAGAAAUAAAGGGCGAUAUGUUGGACACGACUGCAUUUUUGGAGGAAAUCUCAGGUCGAGAAGGGUCUGGACCUCGCCCGGAGGGAAAAGACGAUGAUCGUGGAUUGCCGCCUCUAGUUGAAGAGGAACCUAACGAAACAUUGAAGAAAAAGCUUCAGCGAAGCCCUAUGCUGACGGGGGUGGUGUCAGCCGAGACCUCACGAGCUGUCUAUGGAAAAUACUCAAACUUCCUGACUCAACAAGCGCAAGCUGUCAAAGACUUCAUCAAGAAGGAGCUGAUCGGCAACCUCCGCGGUGUGAUGCAGACGGUGGGAGGGUUGGACGUGGUGGGGCUCCAGAAUAUACUGCCACUACCAGACUAUUACAACGCUGUACUUGACACCACCUCUAAAGCAGUCGAUGUUCUCAGCCAAGUUGUUGAAGCCACUGGUGAUGCGCUAUUCAACUUCCCGGCGUAUCAAAGCGUGCGCGAGUGGAGCGCGGGCGCACCCGCAUUCCUCUACAGCUUCGAGCACAUGGGGAACCUCACAAAAGGCUCGCACUUCCUACCUGGCCUUGCCCUGACGCAGGGAGCAGAUAUCCCCAAGGACAAAAACAACAAAAAAGCUAAAGGACCAUCCCAUGGUGAUGAACUGGCGUACCUCUUCGAGCCGUUGGACGAUGAAGGCAGACCUAUAGCACCAGACAUAUCUUCCUCAGACCGGCGUGUAAGAGAUUCAUUUGUCUCUUUGAUCGCCAAAUUCGCUCACAGCAAAACUGAGACAAACACGACUAAGGCAAAAGAUAAGAACGGUAUUUCGAACAUUUUUGGAUUUGUGCCGUAUUCUGCUGAUAGUGAGCAGUUUUUGAAAAUUGGAGAUAAAAUUACCGUGGAUAAGAAUUUCAGAUUUUGCCAAAUGGGCCUAUGGGGCAACAUGGGGGAUAGAAUCGCUGGAGAAUUUUGCAAAAACUUCCUCGGCCAGCUUCUCGAUCCAUCAAAACUGGUGGGGACAGCGACUGGCCUUGUCAAACCAGUGGACUCAAUACUUAAUCAAGGAGUACAAGGGUUAUCUGGUCAAGGUCAGAGGCCAACGGGGAACCAGAAUCAAAAACCUGCGGGUGUACUGGACCAAGGGCUUGGAGGUCUCUUAGGACCAUCCAAAACAAAACCUACACCAACCGUAAGGCCAAUGUGGAGUUCACCCUUCAAUAAUCCGCUUGGAUUUUUAAUGAAAUAGAUUUAGAUAAUUGAAAUAAAUGUUAGUCAUUUGUGCCAUAAUUUUGUAUGUACUUAAUAAUAAAAUGAUUUUGAAUUUA